AACGCAAGCAGGCAAGCAACCAUGGCGGAGAAACCAACAUCCCGCAUCACGGCAGUCAAUGGCUCCAACAAUCACGGAAAUCAUUUGCGUCCUCCCAGUAUGAAGAGACAUAACACCGGUGAUUCGGAUGAUACCGACUUUGACGAUUACUUCGUCGGACCACGAGAUCUAAACCACCAUUCCAAAUGGCCUAUUUUCCUACAGCUCCACGGUAGUGUCACGCCGGGCAUGGUCCUGCCGCUGCUGUUUGUAGGAGCUUGGAGUACGGCUAUCACUUGUAUCUCGAAAUUCGUAUGGAAUCUCGGCAUCCAAUCCGUUCUCCUCACAGUCCUCGGUUUCGUAGUCGGUCUCGCCCUCUCUUUCCGUUCCUCCACAGCCUACGAGCGCUACAAUGAAGGCCGCAAAUACUGGGCCCAACUCGCCUUUGUAUCGCAGAACCUCGCCCGACUAAUCUGGAUCCACGGCGAAGAGCGCCACAAUGACCCCAACGACCCGCUCCUCGGCAAGAAAGACAUGCUUGCCAAAAUCAGCUGCUUGAAUAUGAUUGUGGCGUUUGCGAAUGCGUUGAAGCACAAGCUGAGGUUUGAACCGUUUGCGCACUACGACGAUUUGGCCAACUCGAUUGGGCAUCUGGAUACGUUUGCGAAGCGUGCGGGAACGCCUGACGAGAUCAAAGCUCCUAAUGCGUUCAAGCGCGCUGGCAAGUUUCUGGGUAUCCCAAUGGCGGAGUCGAAUCCCCGGAAACAGCUCAAACGCGCUACAAAGCCCGUCGGGAACUUGCCUCUGGAGAUUUUGAACCACUUGUCCGCGUACAUGAAGAGCGUUUACGAGAACGAGACGCUCAAGACGCCCAUUUAUCAGACGCAGAGUUUGACGGCGUUGACGACUUUCAACGAUAUCCUCACGGGUACGGAUCGUAUUUUGCAGACACCGCUUCCCAUCGCGUAUUCCAUUGCCAUUGGGCAGAUUACGUGGGUGUACAUCUUGCUGUUGCCGUUCCAGCUGUACAAGUCGCUUGAAUGGGUCACGAUCCCUGCGUCUAUUUUCGCUGCAUACGUGAUUCUGGGUAUUGCUCUGAUCGGCCGCGAAAUCGAAAACCCCUUCGGCGACGACGUAAACGAUCUCCCCCUCGACGCCUUCUGCGUCCAGAUCCAAGCCGACCUCGACAUCAUCAUGGCCACUCCCCCCAUCGAAGCGACAUCCUUCCUCGACUCCCCCGACAACAAGCCGCUCUACCCGCCCAGCCACAUGAGCAGCGAGGGCUGGUUAGACCGCAGCGUCGAUGAUAUCCGUGCGGCAUUGAGCUACCGCGCUACUGUCAACCAGAGACACAAUAUGGAUGCGGAUGAGCUUUUGAGAGUGAAGAGCCAGGACGGCGGCCCGAGAAAGAGCAGUCAGAGUGUGAGGAGGGUGAGGAGGGAUGUGGAGCAGGGGGGAAAUGCGAAUGCGGGGGGUGGGAAUGCUGUCAGCGGGCAGGCUGCUGGAGCAGGUGCGGGUGGUGCUGGGGCUGGCGGUCAGGAGUGAGUGAGUGAGGGAUUUGAAGCGUCAGAAUCAUGUUUGGGGGAGUCUGUUCUCUUUUCCCAGAUUUUUUUUGUUUUCUUUUCGCAGGUAGGCGUGCAUGUUCUGGGUUUGAUGCCACGUUGGAGACUGCGUGAGCCAGCGAGCGAGCGUGCAUGUCUUUUCCCCCUCUCCU